AACAAUCAAAACAUAACAAAUAAGCCAAUAAAAUACCAAAAAUAGAAAAUAUUUCUUCAGAUUCCUCUAAAUUGUCGUUAAACAAGAGGAUAGAGCUUUGGCUUGAAAAAUAAAAUAUUGUUUAAAAAAUGGCCAAGACCCUGGACGAAUUUACUAAAAAUCUGAAUACCCUCCAACAAGAGCUGAACCCAUACAUUGCUUGCAAAUCAUAUGAUUUGGGUCAAUCCCGAGAAGAAAUAAGCAGUUUAAAGGACAAAAAUGAUAAUUUAGAGUUAGAGGUCAGCCCUGCAAUUUCCUUAAUAAAGCAAUACUGUAGGACAUGCCUUAUCGAAACUGAUUCAUUUAUUGAUGUAAAUAGCUCAAGUUACUUACUGGGAUUAUUCAAUAUGGUUCUUUCUAAUGUAAACUUAGGUCUUACAAAGAAUCCAGUAGUAUGCCAGAAAUGUUUUAAAAAAUUAGAAGAAUGUGGUAGCUUUCUAACAGAAUGCAAUCAAGUUGAAAUGAAAUUGCAAAAUUUUUGUAUUCUAAAUGAGAAUUUGGAAGCUGUAAGUAUAGAUGACUAUUUUAGACAUAUUAAUGAAGAGCUUGUGAAGCUGGAAGACCAAAAGAGUGAAGACCUUCAAAGUUUUACUUAUGAAGAACAUGAAGUAGAUGAUAUUGAUGUUAAAAGCGAAGAUGAAUCAGAUAUAGAACUACAUAAAAGACAAAAAACUAGAAGAAAACGAACCAAACAGUUAAUAGAAAAACAAAAAAGAAGCAGAAAGAAAAUGAACAGAGCCAAUGAUCUAGCAAACACAUCUGUGAAAUGUGAAACUUGUGAUCAAAAAUUUACUUCUAAAUGGGCAUUGGAUAGGCAUCUUCCAGUUCAUAAUAAGAAAAAUACUCAAUACUUUUGUAGUACAUGUGAUUUAAAGUUUAAAUAUAAGUAUAGCUAUGAAAAGCAUUUGUUGGCUCAUAAUUUGGGUGGACCAAUAAAUAAGCCUUUUGGGUGUUCGUGCGGCAAAUCUUUUAAUAGGAGGGCCAAGUUACUAAAACACCAAGAAAUCCAUGUUAAGAAGGACAGACCUUUUGGAUGUCACAGUUGUGGUAAAAGGUUCUUGGAUGAGCAGGGUCUCAACGGCCAUAUAGAGAGAGUCCAUGUAAGUGAAAAAGCAUUCAGCUGUGAAUUAUGUGGGAACAAAUAUACCAGCAAAGCUGGCCUGGACGUCCAUGUGAAAACCCACUUCAGAGAUGAAAACCCCAAACCUGUGCCGGAUCUUAUGUGUGAUAUUUGUGGAAAAUUAUUUUUCAGAAAGUAUGGAUUGGAAAAGCAUCACAUGAGCCACACAGGGGAUAAACCUCAUAAAUGUGACGAGUGCGGCAUGUCAUUUAAAGAAAGAUAUCAGUUAACUAUUCAUAUGCGCCGUCACACUGGUGAAAAACCAUUUGGAUGUGACGUCUGCGGUUUCAAGUUUCCUAGUAAAAACAGUUUGGCCGUCCACACGAGGAUUCACACGGGCAUACGGCCUUUUCCUUGUCAAUUUUGUGAUAUGGCCUUCACGAGGAAUGAUCAUUUGGUCAAACAUAUACGGGCCAUACACACGGGAGAGCGGCCGUUCGAAUGUGAUAUUUGUAAAAAGACUUUUAAUAGGAAAGAUUAUUUAUUAAAACAUAAAAAAGUACAUGUAGCCCGAGAGGUUAAGAUAAAAGUUGAAUUGGGAGAAAUAUUAGAAAAACAAGAAAUCAGGGUUAGUAUGAAUGCUACUUAGAGUAAGUAAAACCUUCAUUUUAAUGCAUUAUAUGGUUUUAAACUGAACACAUUUAAUUUAUAUUUGGACGUAGUUAUGCAGAAAACUUCCAACCUUCAAAAGUAGAGUUUUGAGUAAAUCAAUAUUAUUAAUUUUUUUAACAGUAAUUUAAUAGUAUACAUUACAGUAUAAUUCAAAAAUUGUUUUUUUUAUUUUUAUUCGGCAAAAUAUCCCAUUUUUAACAAAGCGAAACUAAGAGAAAAAUAUUUUGUUCAAUAUUUUGAAAAUUCAGCAAUUUUUUUGGGGUUGGUUGCUUUCUGCAUUAUUAUGUAUUAUUAAAAUAUUAAUAAAAUUCAAAAGAUCUUUACAAAAGAAAAAUCAUUUAUUGAUAAAAAAAAUCAUUAAACAUCUUCAAGUUUAAAAUCAAGACUAGCUAUGUUAUACUUGUCAAUAUCUUCUUCAAUGUUGUCAUCUCCUUGUAUUUUUUUGGAGAAAUCUUGGCAAUCUGAUGGGAUAAGAUGCAUCAUUUCGUUAAUAUUUGCAAGUUUUUUUUGCAGCGAUCAUCUUACCAUUGGGCCAUAGCGUACUCAUAAAAAAAAAGUCUUCUAUUUUUAUUUUCGUGCUAUUCCUUCCUUCCUUCUUUUUAAUAUCAAUCUUGUGUACAGGUGCUUCAAAUGAAUCGUGCUGAACAGUAAGCAGAAAUGGUUCAUCUUUUUUUAAUAUAAUCGAUCUUAUUUUUAACCAGUUUAUUUUUUGUCCGUCGAUGCUUGUUUUUCUGUUGACGAUUUUUUUUCAAUCAUAUUGACACUCAAAAAAUCACAGCUAUUCAUUUCCGUUACCACAAAAGGUUUUUUUUUCGACAUUGUUUCAUUACCUUUACAUAUUCGGAGGGUAGAUAGAAUCUUUGCUGGUUUUUUAAUGCCGACUCAAUUUGAGCAAAAUCAGAGUCAUUGGGUAAAAAACUGGCCUGAACAUAAAAAUUUUAAAGUAAUAUCAGUCAAAGUAGAUGAUUCAUGUAAGAUAGCUUUUAACAUAAGAGUUAGUUUAAUAUUGCGGUUUUGUCCAUCGCAUGAAUCACUCCAGAGAAUAAGAUGUUGGACGCUUUUUUCUAUGUGAGCAUUUAUGUGUUUAAGAACGCAGGAACCUACCUCUUAAGCCCCUCUUCCUGCAACGCCUUCAGCCCAAACGUAACAGAAUCCCUGAUCUUGCUUUCCGUUAUGAAUACCACAGUUGUAUACCCAGAGCUGCCUUUUAUAGAAUACAAUGUUUGUCGGUAUUCUUGGUAAAGGUAAUGUUUUUUCUAAAUCAAAUGUAAGGCACUCAUAUUUUUCAUUUUCUUUUGCCAACUGAAAGUCACGUCUUCUUAAAUAUUGAGCAUUUUCUGCGUCUUUUAGGUGAUUGGUUUUGAAUGCUUUCUUUUUUUUCGGUUCUAUUUCGUUAUCAAUUUGUAUCUUUAAUCUAUCGCACCUAUAACAGGUAUCUUUUUUGAGUGUCUUGAAUUUUAAAUUAAAUCGUUGGUAAAAUAUUUUUUUAUAGGAUGGCAUGCUUACAGCUUUUUCAGUUUCUUGGCUAUACAUCUCGUACAUUUUCUGUAUUGUCAUUUCCGGGGGCAAAAAUUCAGCGUUCUCUGCGAUAGUGAGAUUUAUAUUUCGGAAUUUUUUUAAUUUGUUCAAUCACCUGAAUUUUCGCCUCUGAAAGUUUAUUUUGCCCUCCUUGUUUAAUACCUCUUUGGUUAGUUAAAUAAAUUUCACCUCUAAAUUUCUUAAGGGCGCUAUUAACUCUAAAUGUUGUAAUGUUAAACGUUCUAAUAAACAUUUCACCGCAUACCACUUUGCCUUGUAUUUUAUAGGUCCUGGAGAAUUUUCCUUUUUCUGGGUUUUUACCAUGAACACGUUUUUUCGGAAGCUGCUAUACUCCCGCUGCGAUAAAAUUUACCUGGCAAUCAUAUGACCCUAAUGACCAGAAUCUUUCAAACUCUAACUUUCGUAUCUCGACAGGUACAUGUUCGCCACAUUUUAAAGUGCAAUUACAAUCGUAAUUUAUAAAUUCUUUUGGUCUAAUUUCUCUCCCCUUAUAGUUGUAAUAUUGUUCAUUGCUAUUCCUUUUCUUUUUCCUUUCUGUCCUGUUUUGAUUUUCGAAUUUCCUUUUUCUUCCUUUUUUUGGUCUUCCCGCGUAAACUUUUUCUAAGGUGGUUUCUAUUAAAUCACUAUCAACAACGACAUGUUUUGAAAAUGUUGGUUCAUAAUCUGAGCUAGAAGAUUCAUCACUUAAAGCUUCGUAAUUGGUCAUCUUUGGGAUCAUAACCACCGGAACGGUUUAUUUCCAAAUGGCGAACAUCUAAAAUAAAACAGCAAUUAUCAACCAAAAACAAUCAUCAAAACAUGUAAUUUUCUUACUAUGAAACGUUUGAGUCAAUAAUUUCUCUUCCUCCCUGAUAAAAAAUAACUUACCUCUUUCCUUGCCCUCUUGUUCUUUUUGUUGAAGUAGAUUAAAAAUCUUAACUAGUACGGGAACUAAACAUGUUGUAUCACAAAAUAACACACUUUUUACUUAUAAAAUUUCAUUGAAAUACUCACAUUUUUGAAAAUUUAUCACUAGCCAAAAUACACAAAACAACAAUAUAAUUUUAAGGUUAUGUGAAGAUUCCAUAACGCAAAAAACUACCAACCAACGCAGUAUCGUCAACAAUUCUCUUGCAUUUAACAGAUUUUUAUUUAGGCAGAAAGCAACCAACCCACUUGGUCGCAUUACAUCACUAUUGAUGCAAACCAAGUGGAUUGGUAUUUUUCUGCAAAAACCGAAAUCUUAGAAGGUUAACAAAAUGGGUUGGUUAAUACAAUGAUAGUUAUUAAUUUUAGUUCGUAGGUUUCUGUAGUUUAAAAUAUUUAACAUGUAGAUAAAUUUUAUGUGCUUAGUACGAAUUUAAGCCUAUUGUGGGUUGGUAGCAUUCUGCAUAACUACGUCCAUUUGUAUGUUAACAGGUUAAGUUAGGAGCAUAGCUAUACCAACACAGACAAAUUGUUUUUUUCUCAUAAAAGAGCAAAUUUUUUGAUUUGCAAAGUGAAACCUCAUAUUUAUAUGUUUCUAUGUAAUUUAUACAUUAAUUUAUUGUUAUUAGAUAUAGGUUUUAGAAUAUUUUCAACAAUAAAGGCAUCACUUUCACACUGUAAAUAGGUUGGGGUAGGUAUAUUAUUUAUUUUUUAUAUUAUAUACUGGAAAAAAUGAAAUUCGUAUAAAGCAAAUUGUUUAUUAAUUUAUACAUAUGUAGAUAUUGUUUUAUGUUACUGAUAUUUUUAAAUAAAUUAUAUUUUAUGUGCAAUAAUAUACUGUUUUUAAAAUAAAUUAGAAAGAAAUCUAUAAUA